AUGGAGAUGUACGGUCAGAAAGCGAGCCUGAAGAACGUGCUCCAAGCCCGAGUUCUUCGUCCAGCCAGGUUUGCCGUCAAGAAAAAUAUCUCAAAUGCUGUGGACUCCGUCAAAAAUGGAAUUGGAGGGAAUAUAAAGUAAGUGUCUAAUGAAUGGCAUUACAGUUUGUUUAGAACAGUCGCAGUCUUGGCCACAGCUUCAAUCAAAAUGAAGACCCAUGAAGUGAUAACGGCAGUCUCUUCGAAGGUGAUUCGAGCGGAAAAAGAGCUCAAGGAGAGGAUCGAGAAGGAGGAAUGGGACAAGGAACAGGUCCGGGAGUCCGGUAAAGAGGCGGUAAGCAGAUUUUGCGUGGUUGGGGAGGGGCAGAUAGAGAAUUCCGUGUUCUGGCCCAAGCUCAAAGUGUGUUUUUGCCGAGAUCUUUUGAUGACAUACAGUACGUAUUAUACAUUGUCAUUUUAGAAAUACAAAGAAGAAUGCUACAAAAAGACAAAGGAAGAGUUACUGGCAGGAGCGCAAAAGUUUGAUCAGGAUCUCGGCCUUUGGCGUGAUGAAUCAACGUUUGCCAAGGCAGAUCAGGCACUUUAUGGUAGAGAAACUGACAUUACUGUAGAUGAGACUGGCAAGACCUCUUUCAGAGUUGAAUAUUAGGACAGAUUACACGAAUAUGUAUCAAUCUAAUUGGAAAAGAGAGUGUGAUCAGCAUGCCAUUACCAAAAAGAUGUACCAAGCAGAUGCGAACUUAUUGGAACUGGAAGUGGAAAAAGGGUUUGAGUUGAUGAAGAAAAAUGAUGAAGAGUUUUCGAAGGUCACCAACUUACAUGAUCACAUCAACGAAGCACUGGAGAAGUACUGUAAGUUCGGAAAAAAAUUUCUCAUUAAAUUAAUGGGUAUACAUAUGCCGUAUGAUAAGAUUUUAUAUUUAUGACACAACAAAUUGUCAUGACAUGAAAACAAAGUUUUCCCGCAUUUUUAUUCGUCAAGUUUUAGAUGAGAUUCUCGCCGAGAUUCUGGAUGAGCCUCAAGAUGCCUUAAGGGACAAUCAGAGAGCUGGCAACCCUCUCAUAACCAAAUCUAUCUUGUAAGUCCUAAAUUUAAGAUUACAAUACCUUCAGGUUGCGUCUGAAUGAGAAAGGAGUAAAUUCAUCGGACGUUUUGAAGGCCAGAGAGUGCGCAAUGAAGAUCCAAGGUGUCCGAAAGAGAAUCCACGACUUGUUGAAGAAAUGGAGCCGGGCUCCAGACCAAACCAGCGGUUUCUUCGCUCCAGAAAUUCGUUUUGAAGAGAAUUGUGAGAACAUUUAA